AGAUUGAGUGGGAGAUGCCCUUUGUUGAUUGCUGAGGUUAUAUGGUUGCUACACUUUGGUCUCUGAUUGGUUAAUUGGAUAAUUGGCUAACGUUUUUGCUAGUGAGCUGAAAUGUGGUGAUCUGUCAAGUGUUGCACCUUUCAGUCUUAUGGGAUAGUUGUAAUGAUCAAAUCUAACUAAAAUCCCUCUUCCAACUACAAGUGGUCAGUACUUCUGAUGAUGCCGUGCACUGUGUCCCAACUGCUGUCUGCCACGGCUGUCGGGGAAGUCUUCAGAGUUGGUGACAUUGAGGUCAACCAGGUAUCUGUGGUGGGUAUUGUCAGGAGAACGGUUCCCUCAGUAAACAAUGUCUUGUACUCCGUGGACGACAUGACUGGACCACCAUUAGGCGUGAAGCUCUGGGUGGACACUGCAGAUCCUGGUGUGGACAGUACUUUUGUGUCCCCAGGGACUUAUGUCAAGGUCUCUGGAAGCCUGCGUAUCAUUCAGGGCCAAAGAUCAUUGGUGGCUUUCAACCUCUGUUGCCUUGAGGACCUGAAUGAGAUCACCUCUCACAUGCUGGAGGUAGUGCAGGCCCACAUGCAACACAACAGGAACCUUUGUGGUGGUGGUAAUCCUGGAGAUGGAGAUGCAUCAACCUACGGGCUGAGUGCCAGUCAGAGCCAGGUGUUGAAUCUGAUCAGGAGUUGCUCAGACUCCAAGCCCAGGGGCAUCAGUCUAGAGGAGCUAGACAUUAAGCUGGGGUACCUCAGCAUGACUGCCAUCAGCCAGACCUUGGAGUUUCUUAUCAGAGAAGGCCACAUCUUCUCCACCAUCGACGACAAGCAUUUCAGGGCCACUACUGGCUAG